ACAGGUGACGCUUUUGCAGAAUUCAGAGAGCAAGAAACCCUUGAAGUUGGAGCACCAAUGGAAUCAAUACAACUACUUGUCUCCUUUUUGUUGGCCACAAUUCCCAGAGGGAAAUGCUGCUUGCAGAGUCAAAAGGGACUCUGUCAGUCUCAGGCACAUGAAAUAGUUGCGGUGGAAAAACUGACCGAGCCCUUGAGCUUACUGUCAAAGAAUACUACAGGGGAGUUGCAGAGUGAUCAGGACAACUGGGUACAUUACAUGCUGAGGUUUGAAGGCAAGGAACACCUCUUACACCUCACAAAGGCACGAAACCUACUGGCUGAGACCUACAGUGAAUCACACUACUUAGCUGAUGGAUCCAUGGUAACCAAGGCUCGCCACCAUCUCGACCACUGCUGCUACACUGGGUUUGUUGAAGGAGUUGAGUCCUCAGUGUCUCUUUGUACCUGCCAGGGUCUCAGUGGGUACAUAUCGAUGGGAGACCAGGAGUAUAUCAUCGAUCCAGUGAGCGAUGGCAGUGAGAGACACAAAGUCAGCCGGUCACAGCAUGUCCGAACAAAGAGGCACCUCUCCCACUCCUACUCGCAACUUGUGACUUACAAUACUAAUCUCAGCAUUGAACUCUACCUGGUGGCUGACAGAGAAGAGUUUCUGCAAAAUGGGGGGGAUCUCAAAAAGACACAGGAUCGUUUAAUCACUCUCGCACAUCAUGUCAAUCAGAUUUACCAAAAGCAGUUAAAUAUCCAGAUUUUCCUAGUUGGGAUUGAAGUCUGGACAAUCGAAAACAAGGUUGGCUCCAGCGAGGAUACCGCGGAGGCCCUGCAAAACUUCAUGCAAUGGAGAACCAAGGAACUUGUGCCAAGGAAGCACCAUGACAACGCCCAACUUGUCAGUGGUGUGCCCUUCCAGAGGUCUCUGGGACAAGCCUACCUCAGCAAGAUGUGCUCGAAGGAGAGAAGUGGAGGAGUUGUCAAGGAUGACCAGGAUAGUGUCAGAGAGGUGGCUAAAUAUAUUGCUCAUGAGCUGGGUCACAAUCUGGGAAUGCAUCACGAUAGACCUUCUUGCCACUGCCCUGUCACUUCUGGGAAAUGCUUACUGGCAAGAUCGAUUGAGUCACCGAUGAAUCCAAUAUUCAGUGAUUGCAGUAAAGAAUUUCUGAACCACUUCUUGAAAAACUUCGACGUCAGUUGUCUGAAGGAUCAGCCAGACACCUCCAUGAAUAUCACAGUUGCAUUAAUAAACGAAGGCACCUCAAUGACUUCUAAAAUUGGUGUUAUUGCUUCUGCUUCAUUGUUUGUUCUCAUUAUUGCCGGUCUUGGGAUGUUGGUUUACCUGAAUCAAAGAAGACAAGAAAACAUUACUGGCUGCACUGAGCACAUUUCUGACAAUCUCCUUCCCCAAAACAUCGUCUAAUCAAAGGACUACACAUACAUCAUAUUGGUAUUGAUUUAUUAUUGUCACUUGUACCGAGGUACAGUGAAAAACUUAUCUUGCAUACCGAUUGUACAGGUCAAUUCGUUUCAGAUGUUUCAAAAGAAUAGACAAAAUGUGAAGAAUGUGAAUAUUUUUCUUAAAUGGGUAAGAAACAAUCAAACCUUGAUGUACAGAGAGAUCUUGAAGUGCUGGUUCAUGUGAUGCAGAUGGUGAGCAUUCAACCAGAGUAAGCAAUUAGGAAGGAUAUGUAUGUUGCCCAUGGUUUUUAGUGUGUUUGGAGCACAAGAAGACUUGCUGCAGCUGCAGAGCCUUUGGUGAGACCUGACCUGGAGUACUGUGUGUCUCUGGCUUCUGCACCAAAUGAAAGUGUACUUGCUUCUGAGGCAGCAUGGCACAGAUUCACUAUGGACGUGAGGGUUGUCCUAUGAGGAAAAGACCAUGCUUGAGUUUAGAUGUUAUGGUCUGGGUGAGAAUAUGGUGAUUUCUUCUGGACAUUAGAAUCAGGUUUAUUAUCAUUGACUUAUGUCAUGAAAUUUGUUGUUUUGUGGCAACCGUACAGUGCAAAGACAUAAAAUUACUCUCGAUCACAAAAUAAAUAGCGCAAAAAAAAGGAAUAAUGAAGCAGUGUUCAUGGGUUCAUGGACCGUUCACAGAUCUGAUGGCGGAAGGGAAGAAGCUUUUCCUGAAUCGUUGAGUGUGGGUCUUCAGGCUCCUGUACCUCCUCCCUGGUGGUAGUGACGAGAAGAGGGAUGGUGAACAUAGAACCAAAGGACCCUGCCAGGGUAAGAUGUUUUCAGUUCACCCUGGUUGCAGACUGUGGAACCAGCGAGAUGAGCCCCAGGAAAGGGCUGAGAAGUUUCUGCCCAGAUAGUUUUGCAUCUUCUGGGCUCCUUACUCUGGAGAUUUUUGGAUGCUCACUCAUUAACUAUAUUCAGAGUUCUUAAGGGAAAUAGGGUUUUAAGAAUAGAGGGAUAUAGGGAUCAGGUGGGAGAGUGGAUUUAAAGCUCAAAAUCGGUCAUGGUUUCACUAAAUGGCAGAUCCUGCUUGAAUGGCUUACCCUUGCUUUGAUUUCUCAUUUCAUUAAAGAUGUGAAUUUCAGGCAAGAACCAAGGUGGCAGCUCAGUCUCAACUUUCUUAUUUAGUCACUGUGAAUCUUAUCCCCAAAAAAUGUGAAUAGUUAUUUAACCAGACUUACUACUUCAUUGCAGUAUGGAAUUCCACCCUUUACCUAGCUUAUACUGCACUUCUUCAUUCAUUGUCUUCAGGCAGCUGUGAAAUGACACACCACACCAAAGGGUUUUGAAAGAAAGCAAUUUUUUUUGUUCCACAGCUGAAGUAUUCAAUCCAUUCUAUUACAAAAGCAAAGUACCAUGUGUACAGGAGAUCUGAAAUGCUGGAAAAUCCUCAGCAGGUCAGGCAGAAUUGGCAGAGAAAGAAAACAAAUAAAUGAAUCGGGUUGGACUUUUCUAUUCUUUGGGGAUGUCCAACAUGUGUUGCUGCUUCAGAUUUAGCGGACCUGAACUGUUUUCAUAACAUGCUGUGCACAGCAAUGUGCUUGAACCACAUUGAAGCAUUUGAACAAUGCUGUUUAUUUAUUUCACAACAAAUGUAUAUUCCAAGAUUAUGAAUCUGAAUUACAAUUGUUCAAUCAAUACUUGUUGCUGCUUCAUGACUGUAAAAUGUGAAAUUUUGGCAAAGUUUCUAUGAGGUAAUUUUUUUAUAUAUGUUAACAAAAGGCUUGAGUUAUUUCUUCAGAUUACAUUAAAGACACUGCUUACUUUAAGGUUUGGUGAUCAGGGUGUGAGA